CAUCGUCGUCGUCGUCGUCGUUAAUGCAAUAGAUACGAUAAUUAACCUAGAGAAUGGCCAACGCUACGAGAAAUAGGUAGGAAUUGUUUCUUUGAGGAUAAUUUUUGGAUAUUAGAGGCUAUCGUGAAUAUAGUGGCGAGGAUGCGCCACUUACCGCAACGAUCGUGAACAAUCGAAGAGUGGGGUACGAGUGAAGGACCUGAUUUUUAAUGUAAGCAAUACGCGCCUAAAUAGAAUAUGCAGGAAAUUCCUUUUUUAUUAACAGAAUGGCAGGAGCUCAAUUCUUUACUGUAUGCGCCACUCAAUGCGACGAAAAAAAUACAGUACACUUGCAUAAAUGUAUCGGAAAAUUAUAUUGUACUUGGUGCCACGAGUGGAAGUCUUUAUUUGUUUGCGAGAGAGCCAUGCAUUUUUCAACAGUUGAUUCCAUUGUCGGAAGGAGCAGUAUUUCGAGCACAAAUAUCACCUGAUGAGAAAAUGAUAGCUUUGGCUACCGUUAGAGGAAAUAUUUGUUUGGUAGCCCUGAAACCGAGUAUUAAAUUAAUAACCGUUUCAACUGAGCACUUGGGAGAGAAAGUAACGUGCCUCUGUUGGAACAGCAAUAGUACAGAAGUUUAUGCAGGCGACGAAACAGGAAAGGCAUCGGUCACGGUCCUCCUAACAUUUAUGGUGAAUGGAAUAUUUCAGGCUCCGUCGUGCACUUUAAUGAACUUAGACUCUAAAAUUGUACAGAUGAACUUUACUUCCCCUCUAUUAUUAAUCUCUACGUUAAAUCGUUGCUACAUUUGUGAUACGAUCUUAGAACAAUAUAAACAAAUUGGGAAUAAGCCUAGAGACGGGGAGUUUGGUGCUUGUUUUCUCAAAACUCAGAAUAUCGAUAGGGAUGCACUAAUGGCGAAAAAGAGAGAGCACGUUUCCAAUGUUAAGCAAGUGUUUAGUAUGAAUGUCGAAGCGACCAAUGUAGUCGAUCAAGAAAGUCUUCCAAAAAUUUAUUGCGCUCGUCCAGGUUCAAGAAUUUGGGAGGUAACCGCAACUGGUAUCGUUAUUAAGACUCAUCAGUUUAAAGAAGCCUUGGCUAUUGCGCCACUUCCUGUAUAUAAGCCAUCCAUAGGAAAGCUCCUAAAAUUGAGAAAACGCAAUCAAACGUGGCCAGCGCAUUCGAUCAAUUUUGCUCAAUUAUUUGUAAUUAAUCACAAGUAUUUAUUUUCAUACACGCCGAAUGGACUGUAUGUCUUUGAUCCAGGUAACGCCGAAGUUAUAUUAUGGAACGAUGAAUUUCCAGAUACAUUUAUGGCACAUAUUAUAAACGAUAAGAUUUAUCUAAUGACAUCUUCCAAUGUUUUUCACUGUCUAACUUUUGAAUCUGUGGAUUCUUUAAUUUCGAAGCUCUACGAUAGAAAGUUCUACAAAGAAUGCUUAGAUAUAUGUCAAACGCUCAGACCACAACUAAUGAACUCCAUUGCGGAAGAGUCUCGUAACAUGGACAGUAAGCAAACUAUGGACCUAUCCGACAAACUUCGUCCAAUAAUUUCCUUGAUAAAAUCUCAUCGAAAUAGUCGACCGAUAAAACUCGAAUCGGGCAUGGUUAUUGUAAAUUCUGGCAAUAAGAAUUCGAAAAAUGAAUUGAUUUCGAAUAUCAAUAAAGGAUACGAACAUAGGCAGCAAAAUAUUGAUGAAUUAGAGAAUUUAUUCACCUCGUUAAAUACAAAUGACACAACGAGGAAAUCGAAUCUUGAUUGCGAGGAUUUUAAAGCGGAAAAUGGCCUAUCCGAGAAAAUUGAAAAUAAUGUAAAAGAAGAAGUCAAAUCGAAUGAGGUCAAUUCUUUACAAAAGACUAUGUGUAACGUACAAGCUGAUUUAGAAUCAUUGUAUAUAUCAAUGAGCUCACAAAUGAAAUCCGAUAUAACUAAGGAGGAAUUGGGAGAAGUUUUGCAACUAUUUGUUAAUACUUUAGACAGUGUUAAGAAAAAGUACGAAGUAUCAAACGAAUUGCAGAGUUAUUUAUUUGAAGUUAUUCGCUCCGCGGAACUUCACUAUUCAAAUACUUUACUAGACAAUUUGUCCGUUGAGUUACUUUCCACAAUAGAUCAUCAAGAAAUAUUAGCGCACCUAGUCAAAAUUUUUAUAGAUAUUAAUUCGUCAAAAUAUAUCGAGUGUUGUUGUAAAUUUCCCUAUCCAAUUUUUGGCACUGGUAUGAAUAAGUCAUCGGAACCAAAAUUCCAUGAUAUUGGAAAAGUUCUCUUAGAUAAAAUAUUAAAUGAAUCCGACAAUACGUGUUUACAAAUCUGUAACCAAAUACCUUACAUGUGGAGAUAUUACUUGUCUUUUAAAGGAUAUACUAAGCAAUGCCUUCCAGACGUUUUGCUAAAACAGUGCCUUCAAACCAGAGAUAACUUUAUUCUCUCAAUAAUUUUACCUACGCUGAGUAAAGAUCAAUGGAAACUGACAGCGCAAUGUUUUGAGAAUAUUAAAAAUGGACGCUGCGUGAAUUGUUCGAAGCCUUAUGAUAACGACCACGUAUCAUCCAAAGAAUUCUCUAUCGAUUGGUCUGGUAUUACAAAUCUAAUUGUUAAAAAACAAGGACCCAACAAAGCCAUGACAUUUCUUUUGAAAAUGCAUGAAAAUUUACCUCAAAUCAUUUUUGACAAGAGUAUAUACCAAUCUAUCAUAUUUUCAACGAUCUUAAAACAUCAUGGGGUGAAGCAUGCGAUUGAACUCGAUCAUUCGGACGUGGAAUUCAACUCUAUUUGUUCUCCUGAGGUUUUGGAAAACGUUGUAAAUACUAUUGAAAAAGACUUGGAGGAACCAAUAAGUAAAGAGCUGUUUGGUACCGGUCCUCACCAUUGGGGUAUGCGAUACAAUAUAGCUGCAUUGACAUGUCCAUGCUGCACAUUAUCACUGCAAACUCCAGUCCUAUUAGGUGAUAACGGUAUUGCUCUCUUUCCAUGCGGUCAUGCUUACCAUGUCAAUUGUAUGAUCCAGAAGAAAAUUUCAAGAUGCAAUCUCCACUCGCAGUAAUAAUAGAAGAUUGACGUGUGAUAUUUAUUAAAUUGUCAAACUGUGCAACAUUACAUUAUCUAGUCUUCAAUUACAUUUAGAAUCAUGAUUAUGGAUUUAAUUUUGUUUAUA